GAUACGGCAGGACAGGAGAGAUUCCGUACAAUCACAACCGCCUAUUACCGUGGCGCGAUGGGUAUAAUGCUAGUGUAUGAUAUUACGAACGAGAAGAGCUUCGAGAACAUCAAGAACUGGAUUAGGAAUAUCGAGGAGAACGCAUCCGCGGACGUGGAGAAGAUGUUGCUGGGCAACAAGUGCGAGCUGGAGGAGAAGAGACAGGUAUCGAAGGAAAGGGGCGAACAACUGGCCGUCGAGUACGGCAUCAAGUUCAUAGAGACGAGCGCGAAGGCCAGCAUCCGCGUCGAGGAUGCCUUCUUCACGCUCGCCCGCGAUAUUAAAGCUAAAAUGGAGAAGAAACUGGAGGCCAGCAAUCCGCCCAAAGGAGGUCACCAAUUGAAAGCGACGGAGCCGCAGAGGAAACCGACAAAUUGGCUUUCGCGUUGCUCCCUGCUCUGACCUGAUAGAACUUACUAUAAAAACUCAUCUAAAGACAUCGUCGACAACAUCAUCAUCUUCAUCAUCAUCAUCGCCACGAACCUUCCUCCCGCGCGCGGUUUCGUGCAUGCGUCGCAUGAAAAUAAAUAGUAAACUUAAACGGACAAAAAAAAAACAACAAAACGAAACGAAAACUGAGACAAAAAAAACAACAACAGCAACAACUUACACAGACACACAGAAACAGAGUUAAUAGGAGAAAUAGUAAUUGUAUAACGGUGAUUGAGAAUUUUUAUGUAAUGUACCUUUUUGUAUCGUGUGUCUAUUGACGGUUUUUCUACACUUGAAAUACGCGCUCCCUUUUUUCUUUUCUUUUUAUUUUUUAUAUAUAUAUAAAACCUGUAUAACAAAUAGGUAUGUUAUGUAUAUAUCAUUAGAGACACUGAACACACCCUCCUCUUCCAUACACAUCCACCACACACGAACACAAAACCAUGGAACAUGCUUUUUUUUAUACAUGUGAUUAAGGUAUUCAAUAACAUAUUUUCUUUUUUUUAAUUAUUAUUAUUAUAUAUAUAAAUAUUUAAAAAAAAAUAGUUUAAUUUUAUAUUUAUGUUGAUUCCGCAGUUGAAGUGCACUUCGAAGGAGGCGGCGAAACGUGUUUGUCGAGUGUGAUUCAUCUUAUUAUAUAAAUAUAUAUAUUGUCCUAAGCGAAAUUAGUGCGUUACAUAAAAAGAAAAAUGUUGUGGUUAAGAUAUGGUACAUCUACAAAAGAAAUACUUUAAUUUUAAAUUUCCAUGUACAUAAUUUGCUUUUUACUAUUAUUAUUAUUAUUAUAUUAUAUAUAUUUUUAAAGGAAAUGUGAGACGCCAAAAGAAGGGAAGCAACAAUAACAACAAUAAUAUUAUUGAAAUAAUAAAAUUUAAAAAGAAAAAAACGAGCUGGUUAGUUUUCGGGUGAAUGACAAGAGGAAUCGAUUAUUAUUAUUUUGAAGGGAGAGAAUGAAUGAUCUACGGGCACUACUAAAUUAGGUAACUCUUUAGGAAUCAAUCAACUUUCAAAACGAAAAAGAAAGAGCUUUAUAUAUAUAAAUAUGUAUUCUUUU